AUGGCCCAACUGGUUAAUAGGGUCCGACAGUUAGAAAGUUUGAAGGAAGAAAAGGAUAGGGAAAAUAAAGGUAAAAGGGUAGCCUAUGUCGAUUUCAGAAAUGAGGAUGAAGGGUCAUGUCAUGGACUUUUAGACUUCGAUGAUAACGAGAUCGACCUUGCUGAAUUGAAGCAAGGGCCACCGUACGCGUGUAAAUUUUUGGCCCCUUCGAAUGGAAAAAACCAUGUCGAACCAAAAAAGAAUGAUAAAUUUCCCAAGAAAACUUAUACUUUGGAUGUUACAAAGUGUGAAGUAAUUUUCGACUUGUUAGUUAAGGAUGGUCAAAUGAUAGUACCUCUGGGUGCUAAAGUACCUCCUUUAGAACAGAGAAAGAAAAUAGGGUUUUGCAAAUACCAUGGUUUUCUGGGUCAUAAAACGUCUCAAUGUUUUCUUUUCAGGGAUCUUGUGCAGAACGCCAUCCAAGAAGGGAGACUCAAAUUUGGAGACAAAACACGGAGCCAGAUGAAGAUCGACUUUGAUCCUCUGCAAGUAGUUGAUGCCCAUUAUACCGAGCCAGAGGAAGUGAAUCUAGUCGAAGCACUGAUGAUUUCGACAUAA